ACAUACCGCUAGCAGGUGUUGUACACGGACGUCUUUUACAGAGACACGAGACCGGACUAGAAUAUACUGCAGAUGACUUCAUGAACAGCCUACAGUUUUUAUUCUCAUCAAAUUGACACCAAUCAGGUUCUGCCAUGGCAGAUGGUGUGGAUCUUGGCAAAAAGUUUGUUUCAGAAUCUGAACUAGAAGAGACCAGAAAGAAGAGGCAGGAAGAAUGGGAGAAGGUCCGCAAACCAGAUGACCCAGAGGAGGUCCCAGAAGAAGCAUACGACCCCCGAUCUCUGUUUGAGAGGCUACAAGAGCAGAAAGACAAGAAACAGGAAGAAUAUGAAGAGCAGUUCAAAUUUAAAAACAUGGUUAAAGGUCUGGAAGAAGAUGAGACCAGCUUUCUCGAUGAGGUGUCCCGGCAGCAGUGUCUCAUAGAGAAGCGCAGGCGGGAAGAGGACGCUCAGGAGAUAAAGGAAUACAGGAGUGCUCUGCAGAAGCUGGCGAGUGGUGAGGGCCAAAAGAAGGAACCAGAGAAAAAAGCAGGACCCAAGCCAUCAGAACACAGGACCAGUCACCUAUCUCAGGCCCACCUGCUGGCUGGAGCAGUCAAACGGCGCAGUUCAUCGCAGUCCUCAGAGGGGAGUAAAAGGCUGAAAGCAGAGGAGACGGUAGCAGGCAAUGGCAGUCAGACAGAGCAGGAGGCGGUUGAUCCCAAAUCCCCCGGCACAGACGAAACCCGCUCAGGAGUUCUCCACCUGCCCUCUGCCGCUGUAUGCGUGGGCAUCCUCCCGGGUCUCGGUGCUUACUCGGGCAGCAGCGACUCUGACUCCAGCAGCGAUAGCGAAGUUUAAACAUCUGGCAGUUAACCCGGUGACGCACCUACCCAUCUACUCACCCACCCCUGCGGCUUCUUCACAGCUAAUGGCCAAGGGGACACUGAAUGACAGCUGGGGAUCAAGAAAUCUGCUUACACAAAACAUUUAGAGCAUAUCUCUGAUAUCAUCACAAGACAAAUCCGACGUUGUAUGGGCAGUGCUUGUUUGAAGAUGUUCCAAUAUGUUGAUUGAGUUUUAAGUUUCAUUGAGUUAUUUUUUUUAAAAACAAUCUGCUGCAAUGCAAAGAAAUGCUGGAAUUUUCAUGAGUCGUGUCGUGUAAAAAUGAAACCAGGUGUGAUUGUUCACUGGAACAUAACCAGUGAGGAGAGAUUGGAAAAUAAAGAUCUUUCUCGUGUG